AUGGCAUCCGGCUGGGCUCCUGACACGAAUCCUAUCGAGCUCGCUGAUGGUACUCUGAUUUGCGAAAGGCAUCGUCAAAUCAUCUGUCAUGUAUGUUGCUGUGAUUAUAGCUUCGCACAAGAGCUUCGCGAUGAGGAGGAACAGGCUCUUGAAGAUGCCGGGAAUGAAGGUCUACAAACCUUCUCUCAAGCUCACUCUGGCGAUGAACUUGGACAUUCGACGGAUUUUUUCUAUUCUGUUGCUACUACACCUCGUCACCCUACUGCAAUGAACAGUUCCGGUUCUCGAGAUAGACCCGAAAUGCCCUUCGCGUCGGGAUCCAUCCCCUCCAUGACCAAAUUUGUCCCACCUAGGUCUACCGACAGCCCCAAAAUGCUUUUCGAAAGAGCCCAUCGUUUCAUUCGACGUACAAAUCCUCACGAAAUACUCAUCUACACGGAUGGCGCCUGUUUAUCUAAUGGCCUCUCCAAUCUACGUGGCGGUUGCGGUUUCAUUGCUUCCCCAACGCACAAAGUCAAGUUCAGACUCGAAAACACCGGCCCAACUGAUGAACCCCACCCUCAAACUAGUAACCGCGCCGAGUUGCGCGCCGUGAUUGCCGCACUCCAAUAUCAUUACUGGCAAGGUGAUUGCUUGGGGUCUUGGACUCGUCUCGUCAUCGCUACGGACUCCGAAUACGUUGUUUUGGGAGCAACAGAACGGAUCCGCGGCUGGAUCACGCGGGGCUGGCGAACAAGCGCCGGAAAACCGGUCAAAAAUCAAGAUUUAUGGAAGAAGCUGAUACACCAGAUCCAGAAGUUGGAUGAGCCAUCGAGAUGCAUAUACCCUCCUCAUGGCACAUCAGUUUCAUUUUGGAGGAUUCCAAGGGAGUGGAAUCAAGAUGCAGAUGUGGAGGCAAAGAAGGGAGCUGAGCUGGAGGACGUGCAAAGAUACACGAAAAUUCUCGGGUUGAUGGUUUGA